CAGAUGAGUCUCCUGCUCCGGUGCUUCCUGUCUCCAGCAGAUUACCAGAUGAUGUUCCACUGCUACUGCCUUCACCUCCAAAGACACCAAGUCCCAUCAAAAAGUCUCAUGUUACAGACAAGCCGCCAGCACAGAGUGACCCUGUUUAUGGAUCAGAUGGAGAGUCUAGCUUCUUGCCCUCACCUGGAACAGAGAAAAUUAUUGUUACCCUCCACUCAGCCACUCACCUCCCCACAACUACGGCAGGCUCAGCUCCAUCUCCUUUUGUCACUUUGAUGAGCAGCUCAGAUGAGAUGAAUGGAGCUAAGGCUCAGAGCAUUUCCCAUGCCAAGAGUCCUACUCAUAACCCAGCCUGGGGGGAAACCCUUACCAUGACUGUAAAAGAGGAUGAAGUAGAGCAGGAAGAUCUUAUACUGACUAUGGCCGAUUCUCACUCUUUGGAUGUGCUGGUUACGUACCGUAUACCUGUCCGCGUUCUGCAGCCCUUCCACACUUACCACCUCAAUAUAGUUCAGUCCGGUGACCAGGUUCCUGUAGGCUGUGGCCUUAAUGUCAGCAUUCAGCGCAGGAGCAGCUACCUUGCACAGCAGGAUGGGUUUACCUACAGUGCUCUGCAGGUCCUGUUAAUAGGUGUGGAGACCCCUUUGCAGGGAUUGGCCCACCCUCUCCUGGCAGUGGCACGAAUUGUGCCCAACUACACAGUUUACAGCAAGUCCCUGAAGCCUCCUGGGGUAUGUGGUGUACCCCACGUCACUGUCACAUUUCCAGAUCUUGCUCUAUCCUGUUUCCAAGUCCCACCUACAGCCUCAGAGGGACAUCCACAGAUCUCCUCUAUUGGACUCCCCGUUUCUCAGCCUGUGUGGAAUUCCUUGUAUCUGUUUCAGGGGCGAGACGGUGUAACCCUGUUCAGUGAAGGGGCAGCACUGGUAUUAGAGUAUUAUAUGGUGACAAAUGAAUCAAUGCGAAUGCCCUGGAACCUCUCAGGCUACUGUGGGUUCUCUGUGAUCCCUCUGGACAUGCUGGUCUACCACCAGUUGAUUUCAAAUAGUCACAGCAAGGCAAGCACUAUAAAUGGUGUAACGAUACAGGGCACAGAUCUAACAACUGUCUCUGGGGAGCCUCCCUCUGUGGCACUGCAGCUGCUGCUUCUGAGAUCUGAGCGCCCAGAGUUUUUUCUGAGCCCAUUGGAUGCCAAAGCCCAGGUGGAGAGACAGUCCCAAAGAAUCCACUCAGAUAAUCCCACUCAAGGGAGGACAGCAGCCCUCAACCAUGAAGAGCUGCAAAGAGAUGGAACAUCCUUCCCACCCUACAAUGCUCUGGCUGAUAUUCUUCCUAACCCAUGGACUCAACCCAUACCCACUGACCCCAAGCCUGCAGAUCCAGGGGGGCAUCAAGGACACGUACAUGCAGACCCCUCCUCCAAUUACUUAAGCACUAAGGACAUGGAACUGCCUGCAGAUGCAGUGAUGGAGCACCAGGAGCAGGAGGUAGCAAAUUACCGACUUGCCAUGCAGCGCAUGGCAGACGACAUUAUUACACUGCGCCGUCAGAUGGGAGGACUGGAAGCUGAAAAUAGUGCACUCCGGAGCGAACGCAGUCUGCUACAGGAUGUGGGCCGCAGCAUGCUAAGUGAUGGUGACAUUGAUGUCAUGACCAAGGCUGAGAUUGCCGAUCGACUGGUGACUCUAAAACAGAAACUUGCUAGUGAAACAUCAGAGCUCCGGGGGAUGCGAGACCGCGUUCAACAGCUGCAGAAUGAGUUGGUCAGGAGGAAUGAUCGAGAGAAGGAGCUGCUUAUUCUACAGAGAGCACACCAGCAGCAGCAGGCCGUGCUACAGCAAUACCACCAGCGGGCUAACCGAGCCAAGGCAUUACAGGACACCGUGCGCAAGCAGGAGAAGGUGAUAGAGAAAAUGGAGAAACUGCUGGACAAUAAACUGCGAGAGGAGAAGAAACGAGGCCGUGUCGAGGGAGGAGAUAGAGGUGGCCGGGUGGAUAUUCUGCAGGGUGAGGUCUAUGCUACAUUAAUGGCAGAGAAUACCCGUCUGAGAGAGGAGAUGGAGAAAGCAAGACAGCCAGUAAUAACAGUGCAACCUAAUGUGCCAUCUCAAGGAGUAUUCUCUGCAUCUGAGAAGUUUUCCCUUCUUAGCAAGCUAGAGAAAUCUCAGGCUAGAGUGCAAAGCCUGGAACGAGAGCUGGAAGAGGCUGCACGACGCUGGGGUCGUGAGAAGCAGGACCUCCUGACUAGGCUGUCUGAGCAAGAGAUGGGGUUCAGUCGUACACAUACAACCAUUUUACACCACUUCCCUACGAAGGAACCCGACGUAUCUUCAAGGAGACCCACUAAACUGGAUCCUUUAAUAUGACACAAUGGAUUCUGCAGACAGAAGCAUGUCUUAAAAUGGUUUUCAGUGCUUUUAAAGCAGAAGCAAUUAUUACAAAUCUCAAUGUGAAGAACAACACGUUUAUGUGAACGUAUAGUGAAGUAUGAAGUAGAAAUAACAUAAUAGGAGGUAACAGCACUGAAGCUCCCACAAAUACCCUGAGACACGUAUUUUCAUAAUGUAAUAUGACUUAGUUAUGCACACAAUUAUUGUAAUUUAUUGCAAAGCAUAUUGAUUAAAGAUUUUUAUUUUUAUUUUAUAA